AUGUUUAAAACAGCUGUAUUACUAUCUCAAAAAUAUAAUAGAAGAAUAGAAGAACAAUUAAUAGGAUGGCGAUCAGAAGAAACUGAUGGUGAUAUAAUUGAUCCUCUUAGUAAAACAUGUCAAGCAUUGUCUGUUUCAAAUAUCGUUGGCAUUGUAGGUCCAGGAUUAUCAAGAAAAGCUCAUUUAUUAGCUGCUUUUAGUAAAAGAAUAGGUAUACCUGUUAUAUCAUAUAGGGUAACUGAUCCUGAGUUAUCUGAUCAAAAUGCUUUUCCAAAUUUUUAUCGUACAGUUCCAUCAGAUAAUUCAACUGCAUUAGCAAUUGUAAAAUUAUUUAUUCAAUUUAAUUCAACGUCAUGUAUACUUAUUUAUCAAAAUGAUCCAUUUGGAUCUGGAGCAGCUAAAGUAAUACAUGAAUUAUUUAUUCAUAAUGAUUUACUCGUUGAAAAGUUUAUAAUCUUUGAUCUUGCUACUCUUCGUAUUCGAGGUGAUUUGAAAACCUAUUUAAUGAAUAGUGCAACUAGAAUUGUUAUUUUAUGGGUUCAACCAAAUUAUGUGCAUUCUAUUCUAAGUAAUGCUCUUAAACAUGAUGCAGCUUAUCAAAUUUGGCAAAAAUAUGAGCCAGAAUCAUUUCCUGGAUCAACAAAAGUAAAUUUUUAUGCAUUAUUUGCAUUCAAUGCAACAUGGUCAUUAAUUCAAUCAUUAGACAAACUUUGUUCAACAAUGAGAAAUGAUUCUUCUUCAUAUGUGUCAUUUACUGAAUCUUCAUUGUGUUUUCAUCGUCGUUUUGUUCACUCUGAUUUAUUAUUGAAUACAUUGAGUAGAACAGAUUUUCUUGGUGUAUCUGGUCCUAUAAAAUUUACUUCUAAUACAACCGAUCGAAUUAAUGGUUCGCAUUAUUAUGUACAAAAUGUUCAACGUUCUUCAAAUGGCUUAAAUUUUGUACCAGUAUUAGAAUAUGUUGAUUCUGAUGAUUGGAAAAUGUUCAAGGACACAAGUGUUAUUAUUUGA